AUGUCAUGGGCGGGGUUCAAGAAGGUUGCCAACCGGGCAACCACCCAGGUGAUGAUGAAGACGGGGCAUGUUGAAAAGACCAAUGAUCGGGACUAUGAGGUGGAAGAGAGGCGGUACCGCACCAUGGAGUCCGCAGCGAAUAGACUACAAAAGGAAGCGAAGGGAUACUUGGAUUCGUUACGAGCCAUGACAGCGUCCCAAAUGCGAAUCGCUGAGACGAUAGAUGCUUUCUACGGAGACGCUGGUGCCAAUGAUGGGGUCAGCAGGAGCUACAAGCAAGCAGUGGAGGAUUUAGAUGCGGAGACAAUAAAGGCACUCGACGGGCCGUUCAGACAAACGGUCCUAGAACCUAUCACACGAUUCUGCGCCUACUUUCCCGACAUUAACGAAUGCAUCAAGAAACGCAAUCACAAACUCCUCGAUUACGACGCCACGCGUGCCAAGGUGAAGAAGCUCGUCGAAAAGCCCGACAAAGACCCCACGAAGUUGCCACGUGCAGAGAGGGAAUCUGACCUUGCCAAAACAGCUUACGAAGCCUUGAACGAGCAACUCUUCUCUGAAUUGCCGCAGCUCAUAGACCUGCGUGUACCUUACUUGGAUCCUUCAUUCGAGGCGUUGGUCAAGAUUCAACUCAGGUUUUGCGCCGAAGCGUACUCGAGAAUGGCGCAAGUGCAGCAGUUUUUGGACGCGGACACGAGAGAGCAAUAUGCACAGGGGCACUUGGACAGUCGGGUUGAGCAGGUAUUGGGGGAGAUCCGAGAGCUGAGUAUUGCAGGCACUGUUUGA